AUGGCUAAAGCAAUUGGUAUUGAUUUGGGUACAACAUAUUCGUGUGUUGCUGUAUUUCAACAUGGAAAAGUUGAAAUCAUUCCUAAUGAACUAGAAAACCGAAUAACACCAUCAUAUGUUGCAUUCACUGAUAAUGAACGUUUAAUUGGUGAUCUUGCUAAAAGUCAAGCAGCUCGAAAUCCAACCAAUACACUAUUUAGUAUCAAACGACUUAUUGGUCGUAAAUAUGACGAUCCAACUGUACACGCUGAUAUGAAAUAUUGGCCAUUUAAAAUACUUAAUGAUAACGGUAAACCAAAAGUUGCAGUUCAAUAUAGAGAUCGAAUGAUACUAUUUACACCUGAAGAAAUAUGUUCAAUGGUAUUGGCAAAAAUGAAGCAAAUAGCAGAAGCUUAUUGUAAUGAAAAAAUUUCCAAUGCUAUUAUUACUAUUCCAGCUUAUUUUAAUUAUUCACAACGUCAGGCAAUAAAAGAUGCUGCUACUAUCGCUGGUCUUAAUGUAUCGCGUAUUAUUAAUGCAUCAACAGCUGCUGCUCUGGCUUAUGGUUUCAAUAAAAAUAUCCCUGCCGAACGAAAUGUAUUAGUUUUUGAUUUGGGUGCUGGUACUCUUAAUGUAUCAGUUUUAAAAAUUGUACAAGGAAUCUUUGAAGUUAAAUCAACAUCUGGUGAUAUACAUUUAGGUGGUGACGAUUUUGAUAAUCGAAUGGUUGCAUAUUUUGUUCAAGAAUUCAAAAGUAAAUAUGGUAAAGAUUUAUCAGAGAACAAACGUGCUCUUCGACGAUUACGUAUUGCUUGUGAAUCAGCUAAAUCAAAAUGGGGUACAUUACAAUUUAAAAAGGGGUACAUCAAAUGGGUAAAUGAUUUUACUCCUGAACUUAGUUUAUCAUUAUUAUCUCAAGCACCGAUUGAAAUUGAUUCAUUACAUGAUGGUAUCGAUUUUCAUUCAAUAAUCACUCGUACUCAGUUUGAAGAAAUUUGUGAUGAUCUAUUUCGAUCAACACUUGAACCAGUUGAAAAGGCUUUACGUGAUGCUAAAAUGGAUAAAUCGUCAAUCGACGAAAUUGUUCUUGUUGGUGGUUCAACGCGUAUUCCAAAAAUACAAAAACUUCUACAAGAUCUCUUUAAUGAUAAAGAACUAAAUAAAUCUAUUAAUGCAGAUGAAGCUGCUGCUUAUGGUGCAGCUAUUCUGGCAGCUAUUUUCGCUGGCGAUAAAUCAGAUGCAGUUAAAGAUAUGCUUUUACUUGAUGUUGUACCAUUCACAUUAGGUAUUGAAACACCUGGUGGCGUUAUGACAGCAAUGGUUAAACGUAAUACAACCAUUCCAACAAAACAUACAGGAACCUUUACAACUUAUAACGACAAUCAAUCUAAUUUCGCACUAAAAAUAUAUGAAGGAGAACGUUCAAUGACAAGUGAUAAUAAUUUACUUGGUAGCUUUGAACUUUCUGGUAUUUCACCAGCACCUCAUGGUGUGCCACAGAUUGAGGUUACAUUCGAUAUUGAUGCAAUGGGUAUAUUAAAUGUAUCGAUUGUGGAUAAAUCUUUCGGAAGGGAAAACAAAAUUACAAUUACAAAUGAUCAUGCACAAUUAUCUCAAGAUGAAAUUGGACAUAUGAUUCGUGAUGCUGAAAGAUUUCGAAAAGAAGAUGAAAUACAACGUAAUCGUAUUCAAGCUAAGAAUUCACUUGAAUCAUAUUGUUUUGAUAUGAAAACAAAAAUUAAUAAUGGACAAUUAAGAGAUAAAAUUGAUUCUAAUAAUAAAAAGAAGAUUAUCAAUACUAUUGAAUAUACAUUAGAAUGGAUUGAAUGUAAUCAAGUGAGUUAA